AUGAAUCCAAGCUGGACGGCCAAUGCAGAAAAGGAGCGAUGUGUGAUGGCACAAAUGCGUCGGUCCUCUACAGGUCCUCCAUGUUUUGUUUCAAAAAAGAAAAGGGAGUCCUUUCGCAAAAUGUGUCAGAGCUUUAAGCUGGAUGGUCUUAGCAACCUGCACUGCUGGCGCCCCCUGCAGGCUUUGGAUGGACUUCAAGUACAACCUGAGGCUGGAAGUGCUUUGGUCUUUUGCCCUUCUCUUGCCGAUGGCUCCGAGGAUUUGCGGAUGGUACACUCAGCCUUGACCAUCAUGGGUCCAGUGGAGAAGUGGGUUGUGCCUUUGUGGUCUUUGCAG